CGUGUUUGGUUCGGUGUGUAUAGACCACCAGUAACUCUGUGAAAGAAGGGACAUAAAGUACACUGACGGCGUCACCUCGCGCUGAACUAACGGGAGAAAAAGAUCAACGACUGGCUUCCAUAGGUACAUCUCGGCGAGGUUUCUUCCUGUGUCAUGACAUCUUGUGGUUCUUCAAAUCAAGGCAGUCUAAAGGAAUAACCGCUCAAAUAAUCCAAUAACGACUCAAGGACUGCAUGAGAGACUCCUAAGAGAUUGGCGGCGGUGUGUUAAACAAGAAGGUCCUAAACCAAAGGGACACCAACACAGGCAACCCACAUCUCUGUAAAGACGAUCAAAAAACCAGCUGACACUUUCCUUGACUUUCUCUGGGAGCUCAGUGCUUUCACUGAACAUGUGUCCUAAAGAGAGGUCAACAUACGAACAAAGAUGAACCCUUAUGUCACUUCCCACUUCAGGAGGGAUCUCUUUCCCCAUUUCCAUUUGUUGUAGAUAUUUUUCUACCCUGCUCUUGCUGGCUGAGUGAAAUGGCUUCUUCCAUAUUUGUACAGUUAGAGCAGUAGCUCUUGUCUAUUUUUUUUCCAGUUCUCUUUGUACUCACCACAGUGCGGGGUUACGGGUGAGGGUCUCUUUCUGUCCACUGUUCCAAAGAGGAUGUGGAUGCUGCGUAUACUUGACAGGAUUCAGUAAAGGUCUCUGGGAAUGGUUGGGAAAGGUGAUUCAAACAGAGAUGAGUAAGAGACUACAAUCCGCAAACCAAGUUACACUCUCAGCCACUUUAGCUCGAAGCACUUCUCAGCUCUUCUCCUUCUGCGGCACACACCUGAUCUAUCCACUUUGGAGAAGGGCCUCCAGAAAAAUAUAGAAAACUUCCUCAGGUGACCUGUGUACUUGCCUCCAUAUGCAUCUUCCACUUAAAGCUAAAAGACAAAGUAUUGUUGGAGAUCAAGUAAACUCUGUCUUUUCCUUUCUUCCCUUCUUACUUUCUGUCAGGCGUAGGGGAUUUCUCAGGCAUAAUGCUGAAUUGUAACGAGGUAUGUCUGGUCUGAGGAACUGUAGUUCAGGUUAAUAUUAUUCAGUUAUUAAACAAGUCUCCAACAAAUGUGACAAUGGCAAUUAAACAGAUGUGCACACCCUCAACAAGGAAAUGGCACAUUGUUGAGUCAAUGGCAUGAUCGAACAGGGAAUGGAAAACAAAACGUCCUUUCUGUUGGGACCCUCUUAAGGUGGCAACUUAACACUUAUUCAAAGCUUUAUCCAAGACAUAUUGGCACUGAAUUAUUUAUGAUAAGUGAUGAGAGGAGGCAUUUGAUGUACUUAAAGUACUGCAUUCUUUGUUUCUUCAUACCAAGGGGUUUUAAAACUGGAGAGAACAUUGACCGUAAGAAUUAGCAUGUUUUUUAGAAUUUUCUAUUUCGACUGCAUGUUGAAAAUAUGUUUAUCAUAUUAUCCCCAAGUUAAUUUAGAGCAUUUGUCUGUCUUGGAUGCAUCUUGUCACAAUAUUAGAAAAGGUACCCUAAAGCAAGUUGUAUAUCCUUUACAUCUCCUUCCUAUUUCUCCAUUGCAUUAUCAGUGUAUAGCUUUUGUCAAUAGAUCCACGCUCGCGGCUUCCCGUUGAUUGUUUUUAACUAGAGUACCAAUCUUGCAUGCUUCUGUGUUGUCUGUUGAGGUCAAUCCAGCCCCCACUACUCCUUGUCAAAAUAAUUCUUCCAAACUGGGGUUCACAGAAAUGGACUGUUUUGGCUGCUGCUGACAUCCUUCUUUUCAGCUCAACUCACUCAGUGAGUAUGACUUAUUGAGGAUAUUGGUUAAUGAAUGCACCCCGUGGACCUACUUAAAGAAAGCCCACUUUUUGGCUGUGGGAUCUAUUAUUGAAAAGAUGGACUCUACUGGGAAACAUCAUUUAAAGUGGGGAAAAUAAGUGACUGAGUAGCGGUCUCUGUGGAAAUAAUCCCCUGGUUACCAUUGGCCAUGAUGGACUUAAAACUAUCUCGUCAUUAGGAAGGACUGAACGACUGCCUGUGUUGUCAGCACCACACACUCAGUGAACUGUCAAGGUGCUUAAUUGCCACAUCAACAAUAAAAUCAAGGCACGCUGAGAAAUACGGAGUACCUUAAGCAAAAGAGACAUCAUAGUACAUGAUGGGAGCGGCACGUGUGAAACGCCGCUUCAGUGCUGUGGUGGAUGGGCCAGUGGAAGAGGAGGAGAUCAUGAGGCUGGCACAGAGUGCUGUCGAUACGGCUAGAGCAGGGGGGAGUCCCACCGGGUCAGGAACCCCGACCAGCCCCUCCAAUACCCAUGCCCUGAACGGCAAAACUCUACCUCUCCAGAGCAGCACCAACAGCACCCAGAAGCAGAGUGCCAUUGGAGUUGGGGGAGACGCAGGAGAAGGCGGGGUCAGAGCUGGAGGAAUGUGCUCGGUGCUAAAGAGUGGAAGAGUCAGUCGUGUAGGAGGAAGAGGAAAAGGCCAUUCAUCCUCAGACCAGGAUUCACUCUCUUCCCUCUCCACUACCAACCGCCGAUGCACCAGGGGCUCAAGCCGCCGGCCCCGACAACGCUUUGUUGGCAAGGACGGACGCUGCAACGUCUCCUUCGUCAACAUGAGCGAGAGGGGCCAGCGUUACCUUAACGACCUCUUCACCACCUGUGUGGACAUCCGCUGGCGCUGGAUGAUGGUCAUCUUCACCCUCUCCUUCCUUCUCUCCUGGCUGCUCUUUGGAUUUGCCUUCUGGCUGAUUGCCACUGUGCAUGGGGACCUCUCCAUUCGGCUUGCCUCCAGCUCAGGAGAGGCCGGGUCUGGAGGAGAGUCCGAUAGAGAGGCAAUGGUUGAGGAGCCGUGCUUCCUGCAAGUGAACAGCUUCAUGGCGGCCUUUUUAUUCUCCUUAGAGACUCAGACAUCCAUCGGUUAUGGCUUCAGGAGCGUGACCGAAGAAUGUCCCCUGGCGGUGAUGGCGGUCGUUUUGCAGUGCAUUGUGGGCUGCAUCAUUGACACCUUCAUCAUCGGGGCGGUUAUGGCAAAGAUUGCCAAGCCCAAGAAGCGCAACGAGACACUGAUGUUCUCCGACACAGCUGUGGUGGCGCUGAGGGACGGGAAACUCUGCAUGAUGUGGAGGGUCGGAAACCUACGCAAGAGCCACCUGGUAGAGGCACAUGUUCGAGCACAACUACUGAAGCCAAGGGUGACGGAAGAGGGAGAGUUCCUCCCGUUGGACAAUCUGGACAUCAACGUGGGUUUCGACACUGGCAUCGACCGCAUCUUCUUGGUCUCGCCAGUGACAAUUGUCCACGAGAUCAACGACGAGUCACCCUUCUUUGAGAUUGACCGAAAGACCCUUGAGAAUGACUCUGAAUUGGAGGUUGUGGUCAUACUCGAGGGCAUGGUGGAGGCCACAGCCAUGACCACGCAGUGCCGAAGCUCCUAUCUGGCUUCUGAGAUACUCUGGGGACACAGAUUCGAACCCGUGCUAUUUGAAAGGAAAGACUGCUACCAGGUGGACUACUCAUUCUUCCAUCGGACACUUGAAAUCCCAAACACACCUUCAUGCAGCGCUAAAGAGCUGGCCGAGCAGAAGUACAUUCAAAGCUCGCGCUCGUCGUUCUGCUAUGAGAACGAAGUCGCUCUGCAGCUCGUCUCUCCGGAGGAUGAGCCCGACCAGGACCCCGAGUGUCCCUCCCCAACGACCCGAAGCCGAGGCAGACCGACUGAGACGGGAUUAAAGGUGUUACGAUAAUGCAUAGGAAGCCAUAUAGUUUACAGUGAUGCGACAGGAAAGAAAGUCCAGAAUAGGAGCAAGUCACAAGACACAUUUAAAAGAUUUAGAUAAGUACCAUGCAGAUAGGACUGCACUGAUAAAUCUAAAUACAAUGGACAGACAUAGACAAUGAGACAUGUUGGGUCAGUCUCUUGUAGAGAAGGAUUACUCCACUGGCUGGUGUUGUCUGAUUGGUCCUGGCAAUCUUUCAAGAUCAUUGAAAACUCGUCUGCGAGUCUCACUUCUGGCCCAUCCCCACCACAACACGCCAAUCCGUCUCUGAUGCCUGACUGGCAGAACAUACAACAGCACCCCAUGGUGGCUCUCACACGCAACUGAUGAGCAGACACUUUUUACCUCGAUUUGAGGUGGCUUCUGUAUGAAGCGAAGGGAAGUGUACAUUCUGAGGUACAACUCAAGGAUGUAUUCCACUAUGAUGCUGACUUAAAAUGUGAAUAUUUUAAUUUCGUAUGGUAAGUAUGAUGAACACUUUGGGAAAGUUUGAGCUUGGUGGGGGCUGUUGAUAACGUAGGACUAUACUUGUAGAGCCAAAGCAGAGCAACAGUAACAUGGAGACACUGCUGAAAACUAGCAGCAAUUUUGAGCAGUUUCUUUUCCAUGUUGUUAAUUGUAUGUUUGUUUUUUAGACUUUUUGUUCUGUUUCAUUCAAAAAAACAUUUUUCACUGACUGUAACAUUUGCUUCAGUUAAUCUAACAUGUGUUGAGUUGAAUGCCAUGUGGGCAGAGGACGCCAUGCAGUGUUUCUAAACUACUACAGUGAUACACAAUGACAGGUGAUGUUAGCUGUGUCCAGAUAAGCUAAUUACUCUACAUUAUUUCUCGCACUAUGAUCUACAGUAUCUACACUACCAAUCUGUAUUAUUUUGUUUUGGUUGCUUUUGGAUUGUAGUAUUUCAAGACUGAGCUAAGACUUUGUAAUCUUCUGAGUGUCUUGGCACUUUGCAGGUGGUUUGGCCUGAAUCCGAGGUUUAAGAGGCUGCUCUCAGUGACUCGCACAGAGGCCUAAACUCACCUCUGACAUUACUGCAACUGAGUGGGAGAGAAGUCGUGAUGAUGGCUUUCCGUAUCUGCAUCUCUGAGAAAUAAAUCAUUGGUCUAACAUCUGCACCAACGGACAAAGGUUGAACUGGAAACUACACCACAUUGAUAUAAAUGAUUCUGUAUUUUUGUGCCCAUAAAGUCAUGUGACGCCCUACUCUAAUUCUAAUGUGUUUCAAUUGGUUUCUCUCACAAAUUGUGAGAACAGUGUAGUGAGUGGUGCCUUCAUAACAACCAGAUAUUUUGCAACUGGCCCUCCCUUUGUCUGCAGCAGUUACUUUCACAUUUGAAAUAUGCUUAAACCCUUAUGCAAGACAGAUAUAUAUAUAUUGCGUUAACUUUUGCAGAAUGUUGAGCUAAUUAGAAAAAUGUCUAUGGUGUGAAUCUGCUCAGUAACUGAGUAUAGUCUCAAUAUGAACAUGCACUGAAAACAUAAAGAGGCUUUUCACUGUAUUAUAUUGAAGACUGUAAUAUGCACUUUGUAGUCAUAUUACAAAGCACUUUGAAAGUUUAUUUUCUAUCCUUUGAUGAUUUGCAAUCAAUUAUGCCACCAGAGUAUUUAAGUGUUUGAUUAUAGAAGGUAUUGGUAUAAAUGUGAGCGGGUGUCAGGGGUGCAACAUGAUAUUGUGAAGUGUUGACCAAUAAUCAGCCUAUCCAAUGCACAUCCUGGGAACUUGUUCUUUGUACUUUGCACUUAAAUAUUAUAUGAAGACUAAUAUCACUGACGAAGUUUUACAGCAGUACAAUAGUGUUCCUUUAUCAGCACAUACUAAUUUAAAGCAUCAGUUGCAGGGUGAGAUAUUGUUAACAUUAUCUGUGACAAUUAGUGUUAAUGCUGUUUUAUGUUUGCAUCCUCCAUACGCUUCUCCUUUAUGGUUUCCAUGUUCUAUUUAUAGCUGCAUGGUGGGCCAUGUCAUUCACCCUGCCUCCAUUUGUAACUUGAACUUACUAUUCCAUCACUUCAACUCAAGAGUUUUGGUUUUUUUUAAACCUGAAAGAAACAGACAGUUGGACCAUUGGGUUAUUUCACAGGUUGUCUAGGACUCACUUCUAGCAGUGCACACAUUUUUAACUUAUGUAUUUAUAAAAUGCAUAGUGGAACAUAGUACACUACAUAUAACUAGAAGUAAAAGCUGUGACUACCUUUCCUGUAAAACUUGUAAAGAGAAAGAUAAACAUCUAAUUUCAGAACUGCCUCAGGCACAGAGUACAUCCAAAUGGAACAACUGUUGUAGAGCAAAUAAAACACGAGGAUUGAAUGGCAAUUAUGGGUUGCUUCUUUAUUUUUUCAUACAGUAGCUUGCAGGGAACAUCUACUGAGCAUUUUGAACGUGUCAUUUUAGUAAUCAUCCCCUUUUUUUGCAUUUUACAUUCAAGUGUACUAAUUUAUCUUUCAGCAAAAUGUUGUAUAAUAAUAAGUGGAUGCCGAUUAUGUUUAUAAUAUCCUCACUCUUACAAUGUCCUGCCUGCCAGAAAUUAAGACUCUUAUGGUGACCAAGUUUCGUCACAGAAAGAAUGUCAACUUUCUUUUUCCUGUGUAAUGUCCACAACUAUAUAUUACACACAGCCUGAACCUUAACUGUAACCAAACAAGUCAAUGGUUUUUUUACAGGAACAAGUGGAAGAAUGUUAAAAUCUGCUGAUGUAAAUAAAACUAGUUAUGAGAACAUUUUACAACUUUGACAGUUCAAGUUUUUAUUUCUUUUGUGAUUUCAAAAUGACCUGUAAAAUUCACUGUUGAUAAAUCAGAAGAAUAAACCCCCCUUUGUGCAAAAAUC